CACUAUCAGCACCAUAACUGCUGAAUCCUCAAUGAGUAAAGAUGCUUCGGUUAUUCUAUUUCUCUGCUAUUAUUGCCUCGGUUAUUUUAAAUUUUGUAGGAAUCAUUAUGAAUCUGUUUAUUACAGUGGUCAAUUGCAAAACUUGGAUCAAAAGCCAUAGAAUCUCCUCUUCUGAUAGGAUCCUGUUCAGCCUGGGCAUCACCAGGUUUCUUAUGCUGGGACUAUUUCUGGUGAACACCAUCUACUUCGUCUCUUCAAAUACGGAAAGGUCAGUCUACCUGUCUGCUUUUUUUGUGUUGUGUUUCAUGUUUUUGGACUCGAGCAGUCUCUGGUUUGUGACCUUGCUCAAUAUCUUGUACUGUGUGAAGAUUACUAACUUCCAACACUCAGUGUUUCUCCUGCUGAAGCGGAAUAUCUCCCCAAAGAUCCCCAGGCUGCUGCUGGCCUGUGUGCUGAUUUCUGCUUUCACCACUUGCCUGUACAUCACGCUUAGCCAGGCAUCACCUUUUCCUGAACUUGUGAAUACAAGAAAUAACACAUCAUUUAAUAUCAAUGAGGGCAUCUUGUCUUUAGUGGUUUCUUUGGUCUUGAGCUCAUCUCUCCAGUUAAUCAUUAAUGUGACUUCUGCUUCCUUGCUAAUACACUCCUUGAGGAGACAUAUACAGAAGAUGCAGAAAAAUGCCACUGGUUUCUGGAAUCCCCAGACGAAAGCUCAUGUAGGUGCUAUGAAGCUGAUGAUCUAUUUCCUCAUCCUCUACAUUCCAUAUUCAGUUGCUACACUGGUCCAGUAUCUCCCCUUUUAUGUAGGGAUGGAUAUGGGGACCAAAUCCAUUUGUCUGAUUUUUGCCACCCUUUACUCUCCAGGACAUUCUGUUCUCAUUAUUAUCACACAUCCUAAACUGAAAACAACAGCAAAGAAGAUUCUUUGUUUCAAAAAAUAGUGGAAUUUCGGUAAACCAUACCUAGAUUCAUCUGAUGGUUUGGGGGCAAGAUUUUCUGUUUGCAGUUUUCCCAGUAGUCUGAGGAAUUCAGUUUUGUGAUUGCUGAUCUGACAUCGUAGGCUUUUGAGUGCCUGAAUUUCAGUUUAUUCUGUAAUUUUUUUUUUUUGGUAUGUAAGUAUUUUAAAAUAAGGCACAUUCUGUAAGAAACUGUUUUGAGGCAUUAUUUGUCAUGUAUUUUGCAUGACCAUUGAAUCCAUGGAUAAUGGAAAUCAUCACAUUGUUUCAUUGUCUAUUAAAGUAUAAUGGGAAAUUCUUCCAAAUUACAGAAUACAUUGGGGUGCACGUGAUGAGUUAAAUGUUUGUGGUUUAGCUGAGGAGGCCUGAGUAAGGGCUCAGCAGUGGAUAGGUGGUCACUGGGAGCCACUGGACUGACGAAAAGCAGAGGAAGGGGGUUCAGUGCAAAGAGAAAAGGAAAAAAGGAAGGUUUCAGAGAGAAAAGAAGGAAAGAGAAAGGUGAAAAGAAAUAGGCAUACACUGGGCUGGGCACGGUGGCUCAAGCUUGUAAUCCCAGCACUUUGGGAGGCUGAGGGAGGCGAAUCACGAGGUCAGGAGAUCGAGACCAUCCUGGCCAACACGGUGAAACCCCCUCUCUACUAAAAAUACAAAAAAAUUAGCUGGGCGUGGUGGCAGGCACCUGUAGUCCCAGCUACUUGGGAGGCUGAGGCAGGAGAAUGGCGUAAACGCGGGAGGUGGAGCUUGCAGUGAGAUGAGAUCACGCCACUGCACUCCAGCCUGGGCAAAAGAGUGAGAAUCCGUCUCAAAAAAAAAAAAAAAAAGAAAAGAAAAAGGAAUAGGCGUACACUCUGGGACAAGACAGAAAAAGUGUCCUCACACUUGCUGGGUAAUAGUAACUGAGCUAUUCCUAUCAAGAAACCCUAAGGUUUCUAGGCUUGUUCUGGAAAAGAGGAUAUUGCCAGAGUUGGUAAAUAGAGGGAAGUCAUUAGUAUUUAAGAAACUGAAUCAAGAAUGGUUCCAAAAAUCUUAAAAUCCAGAGAAGCCAGCCUAAGGUCAAAGGCAAGUGCUAGAUAAUGAAAUUAACACCAUAUGAACACAAAUUUACAAAAUACUGUACCUCACCAUAGGCUAUGGAACUCAGUGGAAAGCCAAAGAAGCACUGGACAGGUAGUGGGAGUGCUUGACUUGUGGUGAAUUUAUUUCAUCUGCUUACACAUUUGUGCACAGCACAGUUCUUCUCCAGAAUGUUGUUUCUGUGGUCGGGACAACAGGACUGUGGCUCCAAAAGAACAAGAGUCUGAAGAUGGGAUGUUGACAAGUUUUGGAAUGUGAAUUGGGGAAUCAUAAUUUGUAUUUAUUUAGGUUUUUUUGGUGUUCAUAAAAUGCUUAUGUAAUAUUUACAUAUGUCAAAUAAGUCUUAAAAUUUUAUAAAUUA